AUGGCCAACCCCAACCGACCCACCAGGUACUCUGCCCGCCAAAUGACCAGCACCGGCCAACGCACAACAGCUACCGCACCACCUGCUCCCCCACGCCCACGCCCUCUGCCCUGCCGCAGAUGCAACGCCAUCACAUCCCAAUACACUGUUUCCGAGACCAACGAGAACGGCAACGCCGGACGACCUUACUACCGCUGCGACCACUGUGGAAGCUUUGCAUGCUUCGCGGAUUUGCGAGGGGUGCACCCCGACAACCCCCCGUGUGACUGUGAGGGCCAGCUGCCCUGCCGUCUGCAGGUAGCGAGUCAGAAUGACCGCCGGUGCUUUCCAGGCGCCCUGUUCUACACCUGCGCGGUCGGGCGAUGCAAUUACUUCUCUCGUGUGGAGGAUGGGGACGGAGAGGCGGUUCUGGCGUUCGAGGAGUGGAUUCCAGCGGGGAUGCAGGGGGCGAUGUAUAUGGAGGAACGGGGAUUUUGA